AUGGCUUCACGACUUGCCAUUCUCCUAGGAGCAAGCACAGUUCUCGCACUUGCUUCCCAGUCCCCAAUAAUCGAGUCGCAAAAUGGCCCAAACGAGGAGAGCGCUCGCCAAAGAGCACCACAGAUCUUCAAUGCCCUCCAUUCUUCCGUGAGACAGUGGGGAUCGUCUUUAUAUCAUAAUGGAAUGUCUUUUUUGCCAGCUACUAUACCUGCAAACACCGAUUUCUACCAUGGUAACCCUGAUAAUAAGCCGGUCACUGGCAUGGAGUGGCUUGCGUUUGAGAUCGAGCAUGCCGAAGGCUUUGCUAGAGGACGAUUUGGACGAGGGCCUGGCGGAGGGCCUCAUGGCCCAGGAGGUCCGCCUCCGAAAGACGAGGAACCACUAUCAGAAUUACGGAGAAGGGACGAAGUCACAGAAGCGACGACGCCUGCUCUGCAUCACUAUCGUACUGCACACGAUAUGCGUGUUCUAUACCUUGACGGCAUGUCAGCUGGUAAGACGACAAUGGGGACAUUGGAUCAACAAGAGUUUGUCCUGUGUGAUGGAGAUAGAACUGGGCCAGGCGGCGGCCCACCAGACGCCAAGUUCGCAGCUGACAUGUGUCGAGACUUUGGACAUGUUAUUGAAGGAGUUGUGAGAAUGGAAGCUGGAUUUGAGGUCAUUGCUUGCAAUUUCAGCACCAGCCUGCACUUCAUCUCCGCAACAGCAAGACCCCCAUCUGAUGUGCCAGAGUACAACCACAAUCAGUUGCGAGAGUUCGAGUUCGUCCGAGGCAUUGGUCAAAGAUAUCAUGGAAUCGCAGCUGGAAGAGUGCAAGUUGAUUAUUCGAACAUUGUCUCCGCAUUUUUCUACGAUAUGAACCUCACUAAUCCAGAUCCCGCCCAUGCCUCACUUCCACGGUUCUCAUCAUCAGAUCCUAAGAUAUUGAAAGACAUCAAGUCAGCAGUCUUGUCCGUUCUUUCCAACCCCUCCAGUACGCCUUCUAUCGACUGGCAAGGUGUGGUCGAUCUCAUUGUAACCCGCUACUCGGACCGCCUCCAAUUCAUGGCUCUCCCAAGCACCACUCACUCUAUCCUCUUAAGCGAGCUAAACUUCCUCCUAAACUUGUUUAUCGACUACCCCAUCACCGACUCCACUAUCCCCACCGCCAUCUCUCGGUGUACAACAAGCUACAUCAGUGGUCUAUCUCUCUCCACACAUACAGAUCAUCUCCUUUAUACCGCCGUCUCAACCGUAAAGUCCACCAUUUGUCACACCCUCUUCUCGAUACGGUCCUCUCUCCUCGAUUCCAAUACCUUCAACACCCUCAAAAGUGCGAAAGAUCAAAUUAAUAGUCUUACCAAGUAUCUAGGCUGGACUACCUGGCUGGAAUGCGGGAAAUGCGCUUAUGAUGAGGUGUGCAUGGUUGCGAUGUGGCCUUUGGGUGGGGUUAAGGAGCAUGAACAUCCGAGUUGUGUGUCUAGAGAGGAUGUUUCGAGCAAGACGGGGUAUUGGGAAGGUGGACCAGGUGGGGGUAGACCGGGUAGUAGGAGGCCGGGAGAGGGGAGGGACGAGCGGUAG